AUAGGGACAACAGGUACGAGAGAUCGGACCGAGAUGGAUAUAGGGACGACAGAUACGAGAGAUCGGACCGAGACAGGUAUAGGGACGACAGAUACGAGAGGUCGGGUCGAGAUGGCUACAGAGGAGGUAGGUAUGAAAGAGGAGAUCGGGACUGGGAACGAUGAGACGGGUCGCGCGGACGGUUUGAGCGCGAGGGAGAUGCGAGAGAGCAGCGCGAUGAGUCGCGGGGGUGGUACAACCGAGGGGACCGACGCGAUGAGACACGAGGGCGAUAUGACUCAGGGGACCGCCGAAAUGAUUCGCGAAGGCAGUAUGAGCAAGGAGGGUCUGGAGGAGACCGCCGCAACGAUUCGCGCGGUCGGAAUGAGAGAGGGGAAUAUGGCGUCUCAUCAGAACCAUAUCCCAAAUUACGUGAUGACGGAGAGGGACGGGCAGCGGGUCGAUGGAGAGGAGGUUAUCCUUUCGCUGCGAAAGAGGGGAGUGAAGAAGUUCUUAAUGAAGAGUUCGCUGGACGAGAUUAACACGGUCGAGCCACUAAGGCGGGCCCUUCGGCAACCCAUGCAGUGCUCUAUUCUGGAGUACCUGGCGGCAUCGAAGCCGGCUCGUGAUGAGUUACAGAUGAUCACGCGGAAGACUCGAAUACCUCUAUCGGAGGAGGGUCAGGGGGCCCCUAAGGCGGAAGCUCCUACAGUAGCAGUAACGGGGGUGACUGCCAGAGCAGAUCGCAUGGCGACAGUCCUUCUCGAUGGAAUGGAAGGUGUGUCUCCAGACAAGUUUUAUAUACUUGGUAGCGGGGCCAUGGAGACGAUUAUAAACAAUGGAGCGAUACUCGAUACUGUGAUCGAUAACGGCAGUGAGGCUGUCAUCAUAGACGAGGACCUGGCAGUACAGGUUGGACUAGGCCUCGAUAGGUCAUACCUCUUCGAGAUAGAGACGGCUGAUGGGAGAAAGCAACAGAUCACUGGGGUUUGUCACAAGGCAGCCAUAGAGGUCCAAGGGGUACGAGUGACCCUGCCUGUCUUUGCAGUCAAGAACUGCAGCUCCGACCUGCUCUUGGGUCGAACGUGGCUGAGCCACGUGCAUGCGGUGAUGAUAGAGCGACCUGAUGGGAGCCAAACAUUGUCCAUUAGGAAGCCAGACGGAACGCGGGUAAUGAUUGAGACAGUGGAGCCUCGAGACCCGAGGAACAGAGCAGCUCUCGCUGUGGGUGCGAGACCCAGUGAACAAAUUAAGUCGUUACCUAUCUCCGGCCGCGCGGUGUAAUUUCGUGAGAAGAAAUAUGGACCACUGCUCACAGAGGAAGAAGGUCGGAUCGUGGAGGUGGAAGAUUUAGGGAGUCGGCUAAUAGUGGACG